GGGAUGAGUGAGAACCAAGAUGAAUGCGAGGGCAAUCGCAGUGAUCAUCCUCUGUCAGGCGAUCGCAUUUGUGAUCACUCAAGGCGUCACGAGUGACGAUCAAGUUUAUGCUUCUGGGAUUGUCGAUGGAGCUACUGGAGAGCUAUCGUUCGAUUUGAUCAAACCACCAGGAGCUCGAAAGUUACUAGCUGCGUUUGUCAAUGACUACAACAGCCCUGCAUCGAAUUCACGGAAUAAGCCCAAGAGCAACCCCAAAAGAAGGAACUAGAGAGGGAAGGAAGGAGAAAACUCCAUCCAAAACUUCAUGAAAAUUCUUUAAAUUUGUAGCAACCAUCUCUACCACUCUUUAGGAUCGAUCAAUCACUCCUUGCCACUGCCGCGCCGUCGGUACGCUUCCUCAUACUCCUUGGCUCGAUCCAUUGUGCUUCUAAACAGCUUCUCGAUGUUUGGGACAUCGUAGUUCUGGGCAAUGUAAAUCCCCACCAGUGUGCCCGCCGUGAAUGAAAAGGAGGCCCUGAAAAUCCCCAGCAUCCUCGCUCGAUCGAUCAACCUUGCCCUGUGCCCUAGCUACAGGAAGAACGCCAUUGCUCGUCUUCCUCCUCACGAGCCCUAAAGUACUUAGCAUUCGACUUGCCUUGGAAGAAAAGGUACCAUUAGAGUAGGGUUUAGAGAAGAGUCCGCGUGUUGACUAGUGGGGAAGAGUUUGGUCGAAGGCGGUGCCGCUCAAAGAGCCGCAUUUCAGGGCUGGCUUCGCGAAAUAUCGAUCGAUCGCCUUCAAGAUCGCUGUAUUCCCGAUCCGAUCGAGCACUCUCCAGCGCCUAGAUUUUCGCCAGAGCUUCAGGGAUCGUCACUCGAUUUGAAAUUUCGAGCUCGUCACGAUGCUGGCUCACAAGUCUAUUCCCUCGCCAUCACAUAACCUGAGCUGCGAGCCACUCUUUGAUACGUCGCCAAAGCACAUUCGACUUGGAUCGAACUAUCAUUUGCAGCGGAGGUGUGGGCUGUCAAGCGGGCCAAAGCAGACAUUAGCCCUUUCUCGGCGAUCGAUAGAAGUUUGUUGCUCGAGUACCAGCAGUCCCGGAGUGCUUACUUCGGAGCAAGCAAGUGUUUACAACGAACCAGGAGACAAGCUAGGCGUGUUGCUGCUAAAUCUUGGUGGUCCAGAUAAGCUUGAGGAUGUUCAGCCGUUUCUUUACAACCUCUUUGCUGAUCCGGACAUUAUUCGACUGCCUCGACUUUUCCGUUUCCUGCAAAAGCCGCUUGCUCGACUUAUCUCAACACUGAGGGCGCCUAAAAGCAGUGAAGGUUAUGCUGCUAUUGGUGGAGGCUCGCCCUUGAGAAAAAUCACGGACGAGCAGGCUGCUGCUCUUGCAAAAGAAUUGGAACGGAAGGGAUUGCCAGCUAAAAUCUACGUUGGAAUGCGGUACUGGUAUCCUUUCACAGAAGAAGCUAUAGAUAAGGUCAAAGCCGAUGGGAUCAACAGGCUUGUAAUUUUACCUUUAUAUCCACAAUUCUCAAUCUCCACCAGUGGUUCUAGCCUUCGCUUGCUAGAAAGCAUUUUCAGGCGAGACGAAUACCUUUUGAACAUGAAGCACACUGUGAUCCCUUCGUGGUAUCAUCGUAAGGGAUACGUGAAGUCCAUGUCAAACUUAAUCAAGAAUGAACUUUUGAAGUUCGAGAAGCCUGAAGAGGCACAUAUCUUCUUUAGUGCACACGGUGUGCCAGUCUCUUACGUGGAGAAAGCGGGAGAUCCCUACAAGGACGAAAUGGAGGAAUGCGUUGACUUCAUUAUGAAAGAUUUACGACAGGAAGGUGUCAUUUGCGAGCACACGCUUGCAUAUCAGAGCCGAGUUGGACCUGUAGAAUGGCUAAGACCAUACACAGAUCAGACCAUCAAAGAUCUGGGAGAAAGAGGCAUAAAAAGUCUUUUAGUUGUGCCAAUCAGUUUUGUCAGCGAGCACAUAGAAACGCUUGAGGAGAUGGACAUGGAGUAUAGGGAGCUAGCUGAAGAAUCCGGUAUUACGAAUUGGCGGCGUGUACCUGCACUCGGAUGCGAACCAACGUUUAUUGCUGACUUAGCUGAUGCCGUUAUUGAGUCUCUUCCGUUUGUUGGGCCUUUGAGUGCUCACCAGGUCUGUUCUUGAAGGCUUGUUCGUUGUAAACAGUGAGGACCAGUUACUGA